CAGUUACCACAUUUGCACGUCUUUGGACUGGACCCACACAGACAUGGGGAGAACAUGCAAACUCCACACAGAAAGGACCCGGACCGCUCCACCUGGGAAUCAAACCAAGGACCUUCUUGAUGAGGAAGAUACAGAGCAGCUGAGGAGUGAGAUUGAAGAAGGUGAUCUUCACAGCUUGAACAUCAUCUACAUUAAAGAAGAAGAACCUGAUGAUGAAGAUUACUUCUACUGUGAGGAAUGCGGAUCCUCCUUCGUGGAUGAGUGUGAGGUUCAUGGUCCACCUCUUUUUAUUCCUGACACCCCUGUUCCCAUUGGUGUUGCUGAUCGAGCCAGACAAACCAUUCCAUAUGGUCUGGAGGUUCGGCAGUCCGGAAUUCCCGAAGCAGGACUGGGAGUGUUUAAUAAAGGGGAGACUGUUCCAGUUGGGGCACAUUUCGGACCCUACCAGGGAGAACUGGUCAACAGAGAAGAAGCCAUGAACAGCGGUUACUCCUGGGUGAUAUACAAGAACAAGCAGUGUGAAGAGUACAUAGAUGGCAAAACAGAAGUUCAUGCUAACUGGAUGAGUGAUGAAGAGCAUAAUCUUGUAGCCUUUCAGUAUCGAUUGGGGAUACUCUACCGCUGCUGUAGACCUAUCAAACCAGGACAAGAGCUUUUGGUGUGGUACGACGAGGAGUACGCCAAAGAUCUCGGCAUUACCUUCAACUCCCUCUGGAACAGAAAGUGCCCCAUAAAUGAAAUGAAGAAGAAAGUGGUGUCUGUCUUUUCUUGUACCUUGUGUUCACUUUCGUAUACAGCUCAAAUUUACCUUCACAAACACAUUAGAAGAUGUCAUUAUGAGGAGUAUGUGAGGCUUCUAAAAUCAGGAGAGAUUAUGUAUGAGAAUCUGUCAGCCUCCAGUGGUCAGCAAGCAUCCUCUGGUACACUCUACUGCUCCGUGUGUGGAAAAGGUUUUACCAAGCACAGUAUUCUCCAAAGACACCAGCGCAUUCACACUGGAGAGAAGCCGUAUCAGUGCUCAGAGUGCGGGAAAAAGUUCACACAGCCAAAUCACCUUCAACAGCACCAGCGCGUUCAUACCGGAGAGAAACCACAUAUUUGCUCUGCCUGUGGGAAGAGUUUUGGUGAUGAAGGAAAUCUGAAAACACACAUGCGCACUCACACCGGAGAGAAACCUUAUCAGUGCUCAGAGUGUGAAAAGCGCUUCAGUCAUCUGAGAACCCUGCAACUCCACCAGCAUGUUCACACUGGAGAAAAGCCGUAUCAGUGCUCAGAGUGUGGCAAGAGCUUUACUCAGCAGAGUACUCUCCAGCGACACCAGCGCAUUCACACUGGAGAAAAACCGUUUUACUGCUCAGUGUGUGAACAGAGCUUUGCUUAUUCAAGAAGAUUUAAGAUGCACUCAUGCUUUAAAAUAAAGUGAAUUUGCUGCAGUU